AUGACUGACCUGAUCCCGCUCCCUCUUCAUGCAGUGUCUGCCGCCUCCGCGACUGAACAAAAGGUCGACGCGACCAAGGACACCAAGGAAGCCCCCGCUGCUGCCUCCCCCGCCCCCGCUGCCUCUGCUGCUGAAGAGUCCAAGCCCGCUGCUGCGAACGCCGAGGACAAGAAGCCUUCGACCGACAACGCCGAAGCGACCCCUGCCGCUGCUGCCCCCGCCGCUGCUGCUGCCGGUGCAGCCGCCACGCCCAGUGGCAAUGCGCAACCUUCUCCCUCAAGCUCGCUUUACGUCGGCGAACUCGACCCGACCGUCACCGAGGCGAUGCUCUACGAAAUCUUCUCCAUGAUCGGACCCGUCGCGUCGAUCCGAGUGUGCCGUGAUGCGGUCACGCGUCGUUCGCUCGGCUACGCCUACGUCAACUUCCUCAACGCCCCCGAUGGCGAACGCGCGUUGGAGCAACUCAACUACUCGCUCAUCAAGAACCGCCCGUGCCGCAUCAUGUGGUCGCAACGUGACCCAGCCUUGCGCAAGACUGGCGCCGGCAACAUCUUCAUCAAGAACUUGGACGAGAACAUUGACAACAAGGCCCUCCACGACACUUUUGCCGCCUUCGGCAAUAUCCUCUCGUGCAAGGUCGCGACCGACCCUCAGGGCAACUCGCUCGGUUACGGCUUCGUCCACUACGACGCCGGAGAGGCCGCCCAGGCCGCCAUCGAGGGCGUCAACGGCAUGCUCCUCAACGACAAGAUCGUCUUUGUCGGCAUCCACAUCCCCCGUCGCGAGCGCCAGGCCAAGAUCGACGAGAUCCGUUCCAAGUACACAAACCUGUACGUCAAAAACAUCCCGCUCGACUUGACCCAGGAGGAGUUCGAGAACUUGUUCAAGCCGUUCGGCAACGUUACCUCGGCCGUCAUCUCGCUCGACAACGAGGGCAAGUCCAAGGGCUUCGGUUUCGUCAACUUUGAGAAGCACGACGAAGCACACAAGGCCGUUAUGGAGUUGCAUGAGAAAGAGAUCAAGGGCCAGCAGAUCUACGUCGCGCGUGCCCAGCACAAGUCCGAGCGCGAGGAGGAGCUCAAGAAGUCGUACGAGCAAAAGAAGUACGAGACCACGCUCAAGUACCAGGGCGUGAACCUGUACGUCAAGAACCUCGACGACGACGUCACCGAGGAGAAGUUGCAGGCCGAGUUCGAGCCGUUCGGACAAAUCACGUCGUGCAAGAUCAUGGCCGACGACAAGGGCGUGUCCAAGGGCUUCGGCUUCGUGUGCUUCUCCUCCCCCGAUGAGGCCACCAAAGCCGUGAACGAGUUGAACGGCAAGAUGAUCAGCUCCAAGCCUUUGUACGUCUCGUUGGCGCAACGCAAGGACGUGCGCAAGCAGCAGCUCGAGCAGCAGGUCCAGCAACGCAACCAAGUGCGCUCGCAGCAGAUCCAAGCCGCUGGUAUGGGUGGUAUGCCCCCCGUCGGUGCGCCUUAUGGCCCCGGAGGCGUCAUGGGUGGUCCCGCCGGUCUCGCCGGUGCCCCGAUGGGCUACUACCCCGGCCCCGCUGGGUACCCUCAACCCGGAGGACCUCGUGGUGGACCGAUGGGCCCUUACGGUGGCCCUGGUGGCCCCGGUGGUAUGCCCCGACCUCGCUUCUACGCUCCCCCCAACAUGCCCGGUAUGCCCCCCAUGGCCGGUCCCGGUGGUCCUUACGGCCAAGUCCCUCCCCAACAGUUCAACGGUGGUGCGGCUGGGCCUUACGGCGGUGUCCCCUCGCAACAGGGUGGUCGACCCGGUGGACCGAUCCCUCAACCUGGACCGGGCGGUCGACCCCUCGGUGCCGGACCUCAAGGUGGUGUCCCUCAACAACCCCCCCGUGGCGCCGCCGUUCCCCCUCGUCAAGGAGGCUACAAAGGUACCCGAGCAGCUCAAGGUCCGGAUGGACAAGCCUCGAACCCCGACGGAACGCCCUCGAGCCAACCGCCUCAAUCGGCCGGUCUGACUGCGGCGUUGUUGGCCAACGCGGCACCGCAGGAACAGAAGCAGAUGCUCGGCGAGGCAUUGUACCCCAAGAUCCACGCCAGUCAACCCGAUUUGGCGGGCAAGAUCACGGGCAUGUUGCUCGAGAUGGAUUCGAGCGAAUUGAUCUACUUGCUCGAGAACGACGAGGCUUUGGGGGCCAAGGUCAGUUUGGCUCGUUCUUUGGUGAUGUAUCGUAUCUUGCUGUUUCGCUAACCUGUGUUCUUCGUUCAUUUAUUCGACCAGAUCCAAGAAGCGAUCGAAGUGCUCGACGCUUUCAACCGAUCCAACACCACCGCCCCCGCCGAAGCCUAA